AAUGUUCUAGUUGCUGCGGCUGCAUGGCGCUGGCCACUAAUGGUGAGCCUCGUCUGUUUUCAUUAAUUAGUCUACACCGGCUUGAAUUCCAGCGACAGCCGAAGAACAGCUCCAGGUCGUUAGCCGCUUGGAGGCUUGAGGUUUUCGGGGCCAUGUCGAGAGACUCAGCACAAAAAGCAAAGAAUGCCGGUUGGAGCAAGUGCCGAAGACUGAGCACGUUGUGCGUUGGAGAUGUCCCUGUGGAAGUUCCCGAUAGUGGCUCCCCCCCUUUGGUGCCGGAAACGUUGUUAGGCGAGACAUGGGAUGCAUAUCCAAGAUCUGCGCCUGGUCCCAGCCAUUUGCCCUAGCGGCCUUCACACCUGCGACCGCACGUUUACGCCGCUUGCUGAUGCCCAUAUCGUCCCUAUCAUGCCUACAGGGGGCAACAGAGAUGAUGGCGUAGAAGAUCUGGAUCUCGCCUAUCCGGAGCGCCGGGUUGAACUCGCCACCCGUACUGAGCACGUUCUAGCGGCCGACUACACAUUGCUUAUUCCUCCCGCGCUCCGAAGUCGUGAACAGAACUUGGGAGCAGACCCUUGGUAUUAUUAUGGGCCAGUGCACACGCUACACACGCUAACAUUGGACAUGCCGGAGGAGGUAUUGUUUUGCUCCUGGGAUAUGAUCUCGUUCACAAACACUUCAGACACACUACGGAAAACUACGCGCAAGUGGCAAGUACAUGCCAGUCCCCACAAAGAGAAACGUCGGUGUAUGAACUCUCAACGACGGUGUACGACGGUAUUGUGGUUGAUGCCCAACUCCCGAAACUCUCCUCAAGUUGGGAUGGAAAACUCUAGAUGGUAG